AGCUAAAAAUCAUAUUUUUUUUUAAAAAAAUAAAAUAAAUAAAUAAAUAAAUAAAAUGCACAGUUAUUAUUUUAUUUUAUUUUAGUUUCUUUUAACAUUAUUUAUAAUGGCGAAGCAUCAUCCUGAUUUGAUCUUUUGCCGUAAACAACCAGGCAUUGCUAUUGGGCGACUUUGCGAGAAAUGUGAUGGUCGUUGUGUUAUUUGCGAUUCCUACGUUCGUCCAGCAACUAUUGUUCGUAUUUGUGAUGAAUGUAAUUUUGGUUCUUUUCAAGGUCGUUGUGUUGUUUGUGGAGGACCAGGAGUAUCAGAUGCCUAUUAUUGUGUAGGCUGUACGCGAUUAGAAAAGGAUCGUGAAGGUUGUCCAAAGAUCAUCAACUUGGGUUCUUCUAAAACUGACUUGUUUUAUGAACGGAAAAAAUUCGGAUUCAAAAAAAGAUAAUUGUUGGUUUUUUUUCUUUUUUUUUUCCUUUCU